AUGAUACUGAACAAACUAGUCUUGCUGGCUUUGCCAGUAUUGACUGGCCUAUCUUCCGCCUACGACGUGGAUGGUUACAAGGUGCUUGAGACAACCCCCUACCGAAUGAACACUACAAUCGACGAUCCCAGCUCUAAGAUCCUUCCUGCCGGAUACAUCAAGUCAUCUGGGAGCCGUGCGCUUCCUAAUGCAACCCGCUUUGAGCAUAACCAGGUCUACGAGACUAGAGAUGGCAAAAAGCUGCGCGUUGACAUUUUCCGCCCCGUCACAGAUGACCCUGUUCCCGCUAUCCUCAUGUGGAGUCCGUAUGGAAAAUCCAGCACUGGGCCUUUGAACCUUGGCUCCGCCGCUCUCCGGGCAGGUGUCGCCAAAUCCAAGCUCUCGGGCUUUCAAUCCUUCGAAGGACUUGAUCCCGCAGAAUGGGUAGCCAGAGGUUAUGCUGUUAUCAAUGCCGAUUCUCGCGGUUCUGGAGACUCCGAAGGCGACAUCCGUUUUUGGGGCUCUGGUGACGGCAAGGACGGUUACGAUUUGAUUGAACAGCUUGCUAAAGAGCCAUGGUGCACAGGCAAGGUGGCAACAGCAGGAAAUUCAUGGCUCGCUGUAUCUCAGUGGUUCAUUGCCAGCGAGCAACCUCCUCACCUAGCUGCUAUCGCUCCCCUUGAAGGAUUGGGAGAUGUCCUACGGGAGACGGUUGCACGCGGUGGAAUUUUGUCUUCGAGCUUUGUCAAGUUGAUCCAAGAAAGCCUUCCAGGGCGCCAAAUGGAGGAAGACGUGAUUGCCAUGUACCAGAAAUACCCGGAAAGGAACGAGUACUGGGAUGACAAGCGUGUCGAUUACAGCAAAAUCAAUGUUCCAGCGUACAUUCUUGGCAGCUAUUCGACCAACCUUCACACUCAAGGCGCCUUCCGAGGAUUUGAUGAGAUCACCCACAGCAAGAAAUGGUUGACGACUCACCAUACCCAAGAAUGGUAUGACUUGUACAGCGAACAGCGGAUUGAGGACCUUGAUCGGUUCUUCAAAUUCUACCUCAUGGGCGUUCAGAACGGUUGGGAGGAAACAGCGCCAGUUCGCCUAGCUAUGCUCGGCUACAACUUGCCCAACCAGAACUUCUCCCUGCCAGAUAUCCCUUGGAGCAAUCCCGGCUCCAAGCAACUCAGACUGCAUAUCAACCCAGAUCAGACGAUGACUGAGGCUAUCCCAGCUGGUAUGAAUCAGACAGGCGUCUUGAGCUAUCAAGCAGAUGCUCCCUGCAUGAGCCGGGACUCUGACACUGGUGAAUUGUACUUCAACUACACUUUCACCAAGAAGACGUUUGUCGCUGGACCCAGUAAGGUCACCAUCAAUCUUUCCGCUCAGAAGCAGAAUGACCUUGAUGUUUAUGCUAUGCUACGGAAGGCGGACGCAAAUGGCAAUAUUCUUCAAAGCAUCAAUCAGCCAUUGUCUGAUCUUGGAGUCAGGAAUGCCUCUCAGGUCCCUUCAGUCAGCAUCCUUAAAUACCUUGGCCCUGAGGGUAUGCUCCGGGCAUCUCUCCGUGCCAUCUCCAACGAAAUCUCCAAGCCAUGGAGACCAACUCAGGCUUUGGUAUAUUCCGCAGGAGAUGUGGUCCAGCUUGAGAUCUCACUUUGGCCUACCGGCAUGAUCUUCGAGGCUGGCGAAAAAUUGAUUCUGAAGCUAGCAGGCCAUGAUAUGAGACUUGUCGACUUCGCUCAGUUACAGGGAUCCUUCAACGUCACGAACAAGGGAAAGCAUUAUGUUCAUUUCGCCGAGGCUUAUCCUAAUAUGCUGGAAUUGAACAUUUUGUAA